CGGCUGAAAAUGUGGAGUAUUUAGAGGUAAAAUAGACUACGAACGAUGUAGCUUUGUACAAGUUUGCUUUCGUUACCGGAGGAAUUGGAAAAAUUCGCUGCAAUCAGUUGACUCACAUGUAAACAGAAAGCUGUGAAUUGUUUGUUAUGCUGUCAGUUGAGCUGUUGCCGUUUUGCCAACAUACCUAUAUAGCAUAGUUCAAUACUCGAGUUUUCCGAAGUUAGCCGAACAUUUGUUGACAGAUUGUAUGUGCAUCUCGCUCUGGUGACUGUUUUGACUCGUUCUACUGGUUUUCAGUGCGUGUGAAUAACCGUACAGCGUACGUCUCGUACUUUUUGAUAAAUUUACACGUAUCUCGCUUAAAAGCACCAGCAGAUCUAUCAGAAAUGGCCGAUAAUGAGGAUCUUUUAGAUUACGAGGAGGAGGAUCAGACCGAGCAGGUAGUGGCCGAGGCCACCGAGCAGCCAAAAAAGGAUGUGAAGGGUACCUACGUAUCAAUUCACAGCUCAGGAUUUCGUGAUUUUCUACUGAAGCCUGAAAUUCUGCGUGCUAUUGUCGACUGUGGUUUCGAGCAUCCUUCCGAAGUACAACACGAAUGCAUACCGCAGGCUGUGCUCGGUAUGGACAUUUUGUGCCAAGCCAAGUCGGGUAUGGGAAAGACGGCUGUGUUUGUGCUCGCAACGCUUCAGCAGUUGGAACCGACCGAGAGCGUACCAUACGUGUUGGUGAUGUGCCACACACGCGAGCUCGCCUUCCAGAUCAGCAAAGAGUAUGAGCGAUUCUGCAAGUACAUGCCUACCAUCAAAGUGGCCGUGUUUUUCGGCGGGCUGCCUAUCCAGAAGGACGAGGAAGUGUUGAAAACGACGACACCGCACAUCAUCGUCGGUACACCGGGACGUGUGUUGGCGCUGAUCCGCAACAAGAAGCUGAACUUGAAAAAUCUCAAACAUUUUAUACUGGACGAAUGUGACAAAAUGCUCGAACAGCUAGAUAUGCGCCGUGAUGUACAGGAAAUUUUCCGCAACACACCUCAUGGAAAGCAAGUGAUGAUGUUUUCCGCUACACUGAGCAAAGAAAUUCGUCCCGUGUGCAAAAAGUUCAUGCAAGAUCCCAUGGAAGUCUAUGUGGACGAUGAAACAAAACUUACCCUGCACGGACUGCAGCAACAUUAUGUGAAGUUGAAGGAAACGGAAAAGAACAAAAAAUUGUUCGAAUUACUUGACGUGCUGGAGUUUAACCAGGUGGUAAUAUUCGUAAAAUCCGUACAACGUUGCAUGGCUUUGGCACAGCUGCUGACCGAACAAAAUUUCCCCGCUAUCGGUAUUCACCGUGGAAUGGUGCAGGAGGAACGUUUGUCACGGUAUCAACAGUUUAAGGAUUUCCAGAAGCGUAUCCUUGUCGCAACGAAUCUGUUUGGCCGUGGUAUGGAUAUCGAGCGUGUAAAUAUCGUUUUUAAUUACGAUAUGCCGGAAGAUUCGGAUACUUAUUUGCAUCGAGUAGCCCGUGCCGGUCGGUUCGGUACCAAGGGUCUGGCUAUUACAUUCAUAUCGGACGAGGCAGAUGCCAAGAUUUUGAACGAUGUUCAAGAUCGAUUUGAUGUAAACAUUAACGAGUUGCCGGACGAAAUUGAUCUCUCUUCCUACAUCGAAGGACGAUAAAAAGGGGGAAAAAGUAUUAUUCGUUGUGUUAUUCCUUCCGACUGAAGUGCAGGAUUACUUUGCACCUACCUUGGAUUACGGAGGAGACCACAAGAUUUUACGUGUAUGGAUAAGUUUUCUUAUUUAAGAUAAGCCUGUAUAUUUGACUUGAGUGUUGAAUUUUUAAA